CUUUAAUCUUUGAUGUGUUGUGUUGUUAAUAAAAUUGAUAUAAAAAUAUUAUUAAAAUAGGUUUUAAGUGAACAUUUUGAGACAUUUUUUAUUUAAUACUAACUACAGAAGUAUUUUACCGAUGCACGAACAGCAGGCAUCGUGCCGUUUCUGACUUAGUCAGUUGUCACAGUUUCAUUAUCGUUUGUUCCACUAAAAGUUUCACUCCAAUUCGUUGCUAUUGACCUAAGUGCUAAUUGUCCAACCUUCAGAUGUUUUGCUUAGCUAACCUAUAGGCGGCAAAGUGUAUAAGCACAUCUCGAGCUUUUGCAACAAACGUUUGGUGAUUGUUGUCAAAACAGAUGAUUUGUGAAAAUGGAUAGAUUGAAUCAGUUGCGGAGCGAAGCGGGAGGCUCUGGAGACUCAUCAUUGGACACGUCUUCGGCGGCCAGUGAGGCUUAUUUAACUGCGAACGAGAAUUCUAAAUAUUAUUCAUUGUUAGAAGAUGACGCGAGCUUUACUAUGGGAAAAGAUGUCAAUUCCGAUCAAGAAGCGGUGGUCGCAGAUAAUUCGAUGAUAUCGGAUUUAUCACCGAUUUCUAAAUCGAGUGAUUUGGACAGUUACAAGAUCGGUAAACAAAUAGAGGCUGCGAAUAUUUUAUCUGGUGGUAUUAAUAUUUUCGAAGAUAAUGAAAACUCGUAUGAUGGCGAUGAACUUGUUAUCGACGACAAUGCUCUGGAGUCUGAUGAAAAAACUAAUUUGGAUGAGAAAAUUAUUGAGGAUAUUCCAUAUGGUAAGGUUGAAGAUAACUUGGCGGGAAAUAUAGAUGAUGUAGAGCCAGUGAUACCAAGUAAAGACACGGAAGUGGUCCUCCAGAUUGAUGGUAAAAAUGUCGAUGCUAUAGAUAUUGGCAAUGGCUUAUAUUUGUAUAGGAAAGAGGGUGAAGAGGAAUUAGCGGCUGUACAGAUAGUAAAUGAUGAUCAGCAACAGUCCAGCUUCAAAUUCCUGAAAGUGCGAGAGAACUCUGAAGGGAAUUUAGAAGUCUAUGAAGAAAUUGAAAUAGAAGUCCCAAAGGAAGUUCCUGUGAAGGAAGGAAAAUCAAUUGAGAAUGUAUCUCACAUCCCAAUAAAAGACAUAAACAAAGUAAUUAGUGAACCCACUAAAGUUGAUGAAAAGAAAAUCGCUAGCCCUCAAAAAGAAACACCUACAAAUGAAAUCAAUGUAGAAUUGAAUAAAGAAUCUCUGUCAGAUUCAAAGUCAGAAGUCAACUUAAAUGGAAAGAUGAUGAAGUUCAGUGAAUCUCGAAAAUCACCUGUUGUUGGUAGUUUCACACCUAUGACAUAUCAUUCUACACCUAAUAAAGAAGGUAUUCCAUUAACAAAGACUAUGGUUGAUCAGCAACUACACCCUAGCAGACAUUCAGAUAAUGUGAAGAAAACAAUAGAAGUCCACACUGAUAGCUCCAAGCAAAAGAAUUUAGAUGCACCAGUUAAAAAUUCAAAAGAAAUUUGUGAAAUAAAUGUACCAGUAAUUCCAGAUAAGGAGUCACAACAAACAUCAGAUGAAAACAAUGAUAUGAAUGAAACACUUCCAGAGAAAAGUAAUGAUGAUAAUGAAACACUUCCAGAGAAAAAUACUGAUAAUAAUGAAGCACUUCCAGCGAAAGAUAUGAUAGAAAAUCAAGAUAAAAUUGAGGAUACAGGUAAUGAGGAUACAGAAGAGAAGAUCAUUAAAACUACUUUGGAGGUUAACAAAUCCGAUACAUCAGCACCAAAAGAUGAAAUAAUAAGUGAGGAUAUUAUUAUGAAAGAACCACCAAAGAAUGUUAAUGAAUUAUCUACCCAAGAUGAAGAAGUAACAGAGCCAAGUAAUAACACUAAUAACCCAUCAAUUGUAAAGAAUAAUGUAGUUCUUGGAAACUGUGUCGACAUUAAAGAUAUUUCUGAAGACAUAGAUGAGUCAAUAGUUGAAUCUAAACAAGAAUGUGAAGUUAUGGAAAUCGACCAGACUAUUGUGAACAGCAAAAUAGAAGAAAUGCAAACAGAAGAAAGUGUAACAGUGGAGAGUAAUUCAGAAACAAAAUUAGAGAAGGAAAUGACAGGUGCUACUAUUUCAAAUAAUAGCACACUUGAGGCGACUGUGGAGCCAGUAAAAGAUGUCGAUAUUACAAUGCAAGACACUACGAUUGAAAGUGUGAAGCUAACAAAAGAUAAAUCCCAAUUACAGAAUGAAGAAAUUGAUAAAGCGACGAAAAACACUCCCCACGAGAGUAAAAACUUGAUAACAGAUGAGAUAAAAACGGAUCAAAAUGUACAACCAACAUUAGAUUUGCCAAAAACAAAUUUAAUACAACAAGAAAUAAAACCCAAUAAGAAAGAAGAUCAAGAUAAUACUAAAAUUAUUAUGGAAAAGACAAUAAAGGAAGAAGGCAACAAUCACAACAUGAUUGAGAAGAAUGUUAUAGCUCCACCACCUGUUGAUUUGAAGGAUAAAACUAAAAUACUUGAAAGUCAUGAUAAAAUUCAAUCUAAUGUAAAAAAUGAAGCUAAAAAGGAAAUUCCUAAAAUUACGAAACAUGCAGGCUCAAAAGUUGUAAACAAUAACAAUGCUGCAGUUCCAUUUGGCAAGUGGACAGAAGCUAAUAGACAAGAGUUUCUUAAUAAAAUCAAAGAAACUAAAGUUACAACUAACAGUUCUAAUACGAAGCAGAUCAAACAGCCGAACGAUUUGAACAGAAGAGAUGUACUGCAGAAAAUUGAUAGUCAAAGACAACAAACUAAUAAUGCUAUGGCGAAGGUACAAGAACAUCAAAAACUAAGCUCUAACAAAAACGAAACGGCUGUAUUUGUUAAGUCUGCUGUCAAAAAUGACGCGAAACCAAAUCAAGUCAAAGACCGUCCUGCGACAAAAACAAAACCUGUAACUAAUAAAAAAACUACAAAAGAUGAUACUUCAGGAAAUCAUCAAGCUGACUCUGCCAAUUUGAUGUCACAUUCACACGCAAAUAUGAAAGAGUUAUUACAAAGAAGGGAAAUAAACAAUCAAGCUCUAAUUGACAAAACUGUUGAGGACAUUAUAAACAGAGUCCCUCCAGCUAAAACCACAAAUAAGGAUCGAACACAAAAUAAUUCAAACAUGGAAGGAGUAGAAAAACAGAAAGGUAUGACUUUAUUUGGACCUUCAUAUCAUGCCAACAACAAUCAACCUGUAACUUUAGAUGAAAUUGAAACCAAAAUGAAUGAAUUACAUGGCAUACCUUUUGUAGAAAGACCAGCUCAUGAAUUACCACAGAAAUUUGUCGUUGAUAAUAUUUUAUCUUUGCAAAAUGAUAGUCAUAAAAACAAAACCACCAAUCAAACCAAUGUGUUAUCACAGUUCAACAACAACAAAAACAUUGUGCAACACACAAACGAAAUUGUGCAUAUAGAUUCAGACGACGAAAUAAUCGAACAUGAACCAAUAACGGGAGAUGUAAAUCUGAAAAAGAUACCUUCAGGAGAUGCAAAACAAACACGUGACUUAGAAAUGGAACUAAGUCACAAAGCGAAUGACGAAUCUAAAAAAGAAGUUAUAAUAACAGAAAAAGAUUUUGAUAAAUUUUACAGAAGAAAUUCUGUAACUUAUGAAAAUUGUCUUACCGUUAAUUUAGAUGGCAAAGAGACACAUAAUAUUGUGCAAACUGCGGUAGAGAAAGAUAUCGCUCCAAAGAAGUUGACCAGGAAUGAAGUGCUAUUGGCAGAGUCUAAGGCGAAGUCCACGCACAAACAGCAAAUGUUACAAGCGCGACACAGUAACUAUCACAGCAAAAUACCUGUUUCUAAUAAACAUCAAACAUCUGAGGAAGAAUCUCACGGAAAGAAUUAUCAAUCAAAAGUGCAAAUUGCAUAUCACACUGCAUUGACAGCUAAACGUCAAAAAGAAAGUCCAAUUACAAUAAUUGAAGAGAAACCAGUAAAGGUCGUGUUUAUGGAUUCUAAUAUUGAUUUCGUACCAAGUCAACUAAAUGUACAAGGUGAAAAGUUAUCUCCAAUCAAACAAUUUACAACAGAUUCAGAAACGUUUACCCAUAGUACAACAGAUUCCAUGGAUUCUGAUAUUUUAGACAACUUCGAUAAUAAAACGCAAGAGGAGACUAAAACUACUAAGAGUAAACAUCAGAGAAAACAGGUGUUGACUCCUGUAGAGGCGCCAGAAAUGGAAUUAAUUCAAUCCGACGAUAUAGGAAUUGAAAUAUCGCCAAAGAAAAAACGACGUGUUGAAGAUAGGCUUGACAAAAGUCCUAAAAAUCAUGUUCCGAAAAAAUCAUACCUCCUAGGACGUACUAAUGCUGAUGACAAAAACAAAUCUCCUGAGGUAGAUAAAGUUGCUUAUAAUGAUAUUAACAACCACACGAAUACGUAUGUUGCUCAUACUAAUCCAAUAAGUGCCAUUGAUAAUUUGGUUAAAGCUGCCGAAUUAUUGGAAAAUCAAGCUGAAAACAGCAGUAGUUCGAUAAAAAGUCAAGAUUCUGACACACAACAGCAAACGCCUCCAAAAAGGGGACGGGGACGUCCGAGAAAAUAUCCACUUCCUGAUGCAGACUCAGAUAAAAGUAAAGAUCCGAGUCCACAGAAGAAGCCAAGGUUAAUAGAUACCGAAAAACCUAAACCACCGAAAGAUCCGAAACCACCGGAAGAUCCGAAAUCACCGGAAGAUCCGAAAUCACCGGAAGAUACGAAAUCACCGGAAGAUCCGAAAUCACCGGAAGAUCCGAAACCACCGGAAGAUCCGAAACCACCGGGAGACCCGAAACCACCGGAAGAUCCGAAACCACCGGGAGACCCGAAACCACCGGAAGAUCCGAAACCACCGGAAGGUCCGAAACCACCGAAACGUCCGAGUCCCCCGGCAAACGAUGAAGACCCUAGCGAAGAAGAAAUCGUACUAGAAAAUUGGACAAUGGGUAAAAUUAAUCAAAAAAUAGCGUGCCCUAUUUGUAAAAAGAUUUACCGAAAUGAAAAUGUAGUUUUUAAACAUGUUAAACAUUGUACAGGUCUAUCGCCAAAUCGUUUAAACAAGUCUUACACAAGGCCAGGAGAUCCUGAAGAAUGUGUAAAUAAAUUACACGAUAUUAAAUCUGAUGACAAGGAUAUAGAAGAAAAGGAAAUUCUGACUGCGAAGAAAAGAAAUUCAAGAGACAGUGUAUCUAAAGUUUCUAAUCCAGAUGAAGACAUAAUAGAAGAAACGAUUAAUAAAGAACAAAUGGCUAAGCAACGCGAAUCAAGAAAAUCGACAUUAAAAGCCAUAAAUGUUUGUAAACCUUUUAUUAACAUAGUAUGUGAAAUUUGCGGAAAGAGUUUCCGACACUUGUCGUACUUAGCUCAUCAUAAAUUGCAACAUAAGAAUGAAGAUUCGAAGAAAAAUGAUAAUGACACGAAUGUCCCUAAGUCAGUUUUCAGUUGUGAAAUAUGUAAAAAGGAAUUCAGAAAGUUGCAUCAUUUAGUGCAACAUAGGAUUAUUCAUAAUCCUAGUUCUAUGCCGACAAGAACACUGCGGAAGAGUUCAUCUGAACAAGUCGACAAUAAAAUUGCUAAAGAGCAGAGUGCUUUAAAGCAGACGGAGGACCACAGUGCUGGGUUCCGCUGUGAGCCUUGUGACAAGUCGUUUAGAAAACUCCAUCAUCUUGUCGAACAUAGAGAGACGCACGAUGGAAUAAAUAGACAAAAAGCUAUUGAAGUAGAAACUCCGAAGGCAGUACAGACCCAUCAAUGUGACAUUUGCGAUAAAACGUUUAAGAAAAUUCAACUAUUAAAUGAACACAAGGAGCAACAUUUAGAGACGUGUUCCGAAAAAUCUGAUGAUAAAAGUGUUAAAAGCUCAUUCAGUUCUACAAAAGACAUUAUACACGAAUGUUCAUUAUGUUACAUGGUUUUUCCCAACGAGCUUUCUUUAAAUAAACAUACAGAAAAAUGUUUAAGAAAAAAGAAACAGUCAAUUGCAAAAGCUAAACAAGCCGCUUUAAAGAAAGAAUUAGAAGGAGAAAGUUUAGAUACCGAAAGUCGUCAAUCGGAAGAGUGUCUUAAUGAAACAGAUGAUUCAUUGAUUAUCGUGGAAGAUGAUGAAGAGGACAGCAUUGAGCCAAUUAAUAUCAAGCAAAAUAAACUAGACGAUGAUAGAUAUAUAAGCGUAAGCAAACUUGGAAAUUUCGAGGCUGAGAAUACUAUUAACGCUGGAUUUUUAUUGAGAAAGCAAACACACGUAAAUAUUGUUAUGCCUAUGAUACAGGAUCCGGUUAUAAAAAUAACUGAAGCAAAAGAAAAAGUACUACAACAAAUUGUAACCGAAACUGUUAUUAACAAAGAAGUAGAUGUUCCCCAACACAUACCUUCAAAGAUAAAAAAUGACGAAAAUCUUAAACCAAAAGUUAAUGAUACUUUAGUCGAUAAGAAAAAGAAUAUAAAUAAAGUCAUCCCGACUAUAACUAAACGAAAAAAGAGUUUCAAUACGCCGCCCGCUCCUCUCGCUGAGUCUGUUUUAAAGCCUUCGAUAGAAUCGAGUGAUGAAGAUGACGUAAGAUACAUGCUCAAUCCGGAUUUCCAAGAAGAAACAUCAAUGGAAGAAAAAAGCUUUAUGAAGAUCAAAACUAAAAAGCGCAAUUCUUUACAUUUCGAAAGACCCAGUUCAAGGGAUUUGUUGAAAAGAAGGAUUUCUAUGCAACUGCCGCUCAAAACGUCUCGCUUGAAAAAAACUAUAGAACAAAUGUCUGUUGCACCGACCUCAUCCACAGCGACUAAGUCAACUCCCAAAGCCAAUGAGAAGCCAACCACUGCCACUGAUUCUGAUGACAGCGACACCAAAUAUGCCUUACCCGAAACCAUCAAAGAAACCCCCACCGCUAGUGAAGUGAAGAAACCGCAGAAAAGGAAAUCGAUCGCGAGCAAACGGAAAUUAUUGAGUGGUGGUGUAGUUAAGAGAAAAUCAUUGGGAAAGCCUACUAAUAUAAAGCACAAAUUGAAACCUGAACAAGCAAAACCUAUUAGAAAACGCACAACAGAAGUGGAACACAGAUGCGAUUGUGGUAAGUUGUUCAGUAGCGCGGCGCUGCUGUCGCGCCACACCACGCUCGAUCACACGCCGCCACGCAGCCGGCGGCGUCGGUCACCUCCGCCCGAAGUCCACGCUAAUGUCGCCAAAACUACAAGAAAAACUCCCCCGAAAAAAGCUAUUGUUAAACCAACUGUGCGACCUAAAACAAUUGAAUUGAAUGAAACUAAAAAAUCAGGCGUCGCGACUAGAAACUCGACCACGAAUAAUAACGACGCUAAACCGUCGCGGGACACGCGGAAAUCUUUGAAACAGACGCCCGCUGCGAAAACGCCGAUCGUGGCGGCGCACAAGGGCGUGCCCGUUCCAGACGAAUUGAAGAAACACGUCGCCAAACAACAUUUGAAGAACAAAACAGUUUCGAUUUCGGGAUAAUUAAUGCGGAGACAUUUUUUCGAUGUAAUAAUAUAGUUUAAGGAGUAGGGGAAUCGCUAGUUAUUUAGAUGACAUCACGCGGACAAACUCACAAUACGGUAACAGAAGGACCACUUGUAUCAUAGAAAUAUAUUUACAAACGCGUCGAGUUUAUGGUGCCUACGUGAAAUUUCAAAUAUUUUUAUUGUGAGUCGAGCGAUGGUCUUGUCUACGUGUACAUUUGCGAAUUAAGAUUUAUAAUAUUAUAGUUAUAUUUUGUCAAUUUGUUUUAGAAUAAGUACGAUGUAUGAGAGUUGAUAUUUAUAUUGUUAUUUUUAGGAUUUUUUGAGUUCAUUAUCCACAGGUGCAGUGCAAUUAAAUUUGGAAAUUGCAGUUUAUGUUUACGGCUGUCCAUGAAAUGUUUAACACUCGUUCGAAAGGUUUUGAGACCAAGAGCUUUACUACGAGAAAAGGGAAGAUUUUUCAAUUAGAUUGAAGUGAAAUCUCUUAUUAUAAUACGUUAAAGUCGUUCAAAGGUUUUCUACAAGUGGUUGCGUAAUUCAUGUAGUCAAUAAGAAUUAAAUAAUGCAAAUACAAUAAGAAAUGAAGGUAAUUGUGGUGUUUUUGAAAGAAAUAUAUAUUUUGAUAUUUGAAAUGUAAUGAGAAUUGUGAUAAAUGAUCACGAAUAGUGAUCUCAUACAAAAGUUAAAUUUAUCAAAAUUUUUGCAACUACAUUGGACAGCGCGUAGACAUCGACAUCGUUGUAAACCGUGUGUUGGAAAAAGCGAAUCGAAUUGGACAUUUUUAAUACAAUAAUGAAGGUCACACAUUUUAAAAUCAGAUUUAGAGACAUAUCUAUGACUGUUUUACUGUAAGAAAGAAAUCAAAUAUAUUACAAUAAAAUAAAUGAAUUUUCAAGAGCUUAUAGACAUUGUUUUAAAUAUUAUUUUAUAAUGUGGAAUUGUAAUUUGCUGUAGUGAAUGUAAGAGCUUCCGUUUGUAUCAAUUUAUGUUUCCGUAAUGUUGGUAGUGUAUGAUUGACCAUCGUAAAAUAAGCGUUAGUUUUAUUCGACACCGGAUUUAUCUGAUCGGUGUUUGUAAUAUUAAGAUCCAACUCAAUUUUGAUGAAAUUUAUUAUAUAUUGGGAAUAAACAACAGACCAAAAAUUUCAAUUUUUGAGGCGAUAAUUUCUAGACUAACGAUACAUUUUUCUGCAAUCUCAAAUAGUAAGAAAUAGAUGAAUGUGGUGCAUAUUUAGUUUGACCGAUGUAAUUUUGAGUUUUUAGCAAACUAGGACCAAAUCGUUUAAUUCUGUUUGUAAUAGUAAUUAUAAUAAAGUUGUUUUUAAUUUUAA